CAACAAAACGGAUCGACAGUUCACGUUCGAUAACGUUACGAGUAAGUUCUACGCUAUUCGGAUAAUUUUUCGAGUUAAUUUUUCCAUGUAAUUGCUAUAAUUUUGGUUAAAUUUUGUCGUUUGAGAAGAUUCGUUGUUUUUGGCGAAUUUUCAGUCGUUUUAAUCCGGUGUACGGUGAAUUUGGCGGGAAACAAGCAUCGCACGGUAUCGCAUCAAGUCCAGAGAUUGGAACGCUGACUAGAACAGUUGAUAAGGAUGACAGACGACGAAGAUUGUGGUAAACUAGUCAGUAAACUUAUUCACGAAGUAUCUCAGAAACCCGUCCUGUACGAUCCACAAAAUCCAAUGUACAAAGAUAACAGUUCGAGAGUACGAGCAUGGCACGAAAUAGCCAAAAAAAUGGAAAUGCCAGUUACCAAUUGCCAAAUUAAAUGGGGCACUCUGAGAAGAUGUCUAGCAAACGCUCGAAAACGUCAAAAACGUCGCCAGGCGAUCGGUUCCAAGUAUAUUAAGAAAUGGAGAUAUCAAGACGAAAUGUCCUUCUUAUUACCAUUCAUCGACAGCAGAGAAUUAGACGCCAGCUUCACUCAGCACUACAAAAAAUCCAAAGCUUCUGUCACAAUCGACGAUGCCACCGAUUCCCGCAGCCACGAACUAUACAUUUCCGAAGAAUACGAGCAAUCUUCAGACAUGGAAGACGAUUCGACCGAAUUGAAACCAACGGUGCAAAGUUUACAACACUAUUUGAUCGAAAACGCCGCCGAUCAGGUGGAAUUUCAACGCUACGUCGAACGUGAAACCGCCAAGAGCUCAGCCACGUAUCCGAAAUCGCCCGAAGACCUUUGCGAAGAAGAAUCCUUAGUCAUGGACCGAUCAGCUGACUCGGAAAGAGAAUGGGAGUCGGCUUUACAUAGUAGACAAUCGGGUGGCGAAGUCAUGGCCACCGAGACGACCAUCGCAUCGAGGGCAUCGACGCGAAGUAACUUGGCGUCGUAUCAGGGUCUAGACGAGAUGGAUACGUUUUUCUUGAGCAUGUCGAAGACGCUCAAAAAAUUACCCAGAUUUGACCAGAUUGACGUACGUUCUAAAGUUUACGAUAUCGUAACGCAAGCCGAACUCAAACGUUUGCAGGCUGAAGAAGACAGCAGAACUGAACGUAGCAUUCGAGAGUCUUAGUACGUGAUUGUUAUAGGUAUCGAGUUUGCCAUUUUGAUUGGAAUACAUUCGCACGAGGGUUGCCCUUAUUUAUAUUAUGCUAUACGUAUUGGGAAAUUAUUUUUUUCUUCCAUUUCGAACUCUCCUCUCUCGCUCCUAUAUCAUUAGGUAGCAUUUUACAUCGGAUAUUGCAACAAAAAUUACGAAAAUUCAAUUUUGGCCGAAUUACCUUAGGUUCAAACUUUGAAAAAUGAACAUUAAAACCAAUUCCGAUAAUUUUUGAUUCUACAAAUUAUUUUUUGGGGCAAGCUUAAAGCUCAUUAAAUGUUGAAAAUACACCAAUGAGUUGUAAAGAUGAUAUGUAAUUAUUUGUUUUGUUUCGAGGGGCAAGCGUUAUGAUUUUCCAGAAAAAGUGGGAAUUUUUUGUGUUGUGGGGGGUCCACAAUUCCAAUUCAGACUGUGAAAAUAAGGGUACUCUAUUUCGUAUGUCUUCAUUUCCGCAUUUCCUUUUCAUCGUUAGUAAUUAGCUGAUAAUAUUUUGUUUAAUUUUAAUUUAUCAACUAAGUAUUAUAAAUAACGCAAUAAAAUUAAUUUGGGAAAA